AUGCAACAAGUUAAUUCAUCAUUAACAAUGAAGUUAAUUACGUUCAUUGCCAUAUUUUUAAUGAUCAUUAACAUGGCAACAUGUGUAUCAUUAAAUAAUCAUCAUCCUGUCACUUCUCAUGUCAAUAAUGACAUUAAUUAUCAUCAAGUAAUUUUUGACUAUAUGAAAGAUCGUUCUAAUGAAAAUUUUAAAUAUCAACUUUUAAAUUCGGUUGACAUUCCAAACACUGCUAAAUUUUAUGUAUUUAACAUGACAAGUGUCAAAUGGUUAACUAACAAGGAAGUGUCACGUAGUGAGUGGUAUCAUUUUGUUGAAAUUGUUGUUCCCUAUCAAAUAACUCAAACUAAACAAGCACUCAUGUUAAUUGCAGGUGGAUCAUCAAAUUCACAAGUUCCAACACUUGACAAGGAAUUAAUUCAAAUGGGUGUUUUAACAAAAUCAAUUGUUUGUACCAUUCAUCAAAUUCCAAAUCAACCACUCACUUUCUUAUCAGAUCCAGAAAAGAAGAGUCGAGUUGAAGAUGCAAUUUUAGCAUUUGCUUGGGCAAGAUUUAUGAAUUUAACACAGGAAAAUGAUGAAUUGAAAAGUAAUACUGAAUGGAUUCCAAGACUUCCAAUGGUCAAGUCAACUCUAUUUGCUAUGGAUUUAGUUCAAGAAUAUUUAUUGAAAAAUCUUAAUAUUAAGGUUGAAGAUUUUCAUGUUGCUGGUGCUUCAAAGAGAGGUUGGACGACAAAUCUUGUUGGUGUUGUUGAUCAGAGAGUUAAGAGUAUUAUUCCUAUUGUUAUUCCAAUUUGGAAAACAAGAGAAGUAUUGGAACAUACAUAUAAUUCACUUUGUUUUUGGCCUGAAGCAAUGGGUGAUUAUGUAAGGGAAGGAAUUAUCAAUCGAUUGAAUUCAAAGGAAUUUAAAUUAUUAGCAGAUGUUAUUGAUCCAUUCGAAUAUAAUGAUAUUCUUGCUGGUAAAUUUAAAUAUUUUGUUAAUGCAGUUGGUGAUCAAUUCUUUGUACCUGAAUUGAGUCAAUUCUCCUAUCCAUUUAUUAAGGGAAGUGAUGAACGUAAACAUUUGAGAUAUAUUCCAAAUGCAGAUCACUCAAUGGCUGGUUCUGAUGCUGAACUUACAAUUUUGGCCUAUUACUAUUGUUUAAUUAACAAUAUUUCACUUCCAAUUUAUAAUUUCAAUUUGAAAUCUGAUUCAUUAUUGACUGUCAAUAUUGUAAAGAAUAUUUUACCAAUUAAGAGUAUUUUAUUAUGGGAAGCUUUUGCUCCAAAUAGAGAUUUUAGACAACAAACUAUUGGAAAUGUUUGGAAAUCAAGAGAUAUUUCUACUAAUUACAAUGCUCAAACUUGUCAAAUUAGUGUUAAUUUAAAUAAUCCACCAAGUGGUCAAUUUUAUGCUGCAUUUGUUGAAUUGACAUUUGAUCUUGGAGGUGCUAUCUAUCUCAAAUUCACAACUUCAGUUUAUAUUCUUCCAAAUGUUUUACCAUGUCAUUAUAGUGACAUUUAG